CGCGAAAUUGUUACGUCGUCACCCGAACCGACCAUGCGUCUACUUUCAACCUUGCAGAAAAACUAGCAAAGAGAUAACAGUGCAAACGGUAAAAUUAUUUCCGAACCAUUAAUACAAGAGAUUCGUUGCUCAUUGUAUUAAUUACUUUGAUCAGAAAUACGAUUUGUACCGGUUGGAAACUGGACCAUCGACGACCGUUAAGAUGAAGGAAGAAGACGCACUAUACGCGCUGAGGAUUAUGAUGUAUAUUAGACGGAUGGAGCUAAAGGCGGCUGAAUUGUACAGAUUGCGGAUGAUCAACGGCUUCCUUCAUUUGUAUUGCGGUCAGGAAGCCGUUGCCGUCGGCGCUAGAAUGUCGAUGACGGAUAAGGACCUAGUUAUCACGGCUUAUCGAUGCCACGGUUUCGCGGUGGUAUUUGGCGUGACGGCACGCCAGGUAUUCGCGGAGAUGAUGGGCCGCAAGACUGGCAUCGCGAAGGGCAAAGGUGGCUCGAUGCACAUGUAUGCGAAACAGCUUUUUGGCGGCGAGGGAAUCGUCGGCGGUCAAGUACCGGUGGCCGCAGGGUUGGCGUUGGCCUUGAAAUACCACAGCACCGGUGGAGUGGCAUUCGCGUUCUACGGGGACGGCGGCGCGAAUCAAGGCCAGGCCGCCGAAGCUUUCAACAUGGCUAAACUGUGGAAUCUUCCAGUAGUGUUCACAUGCGAAAACAACGUGUACGCGAUGGGCACGGCAGUGCACAGGCACGCGGCAAAUACGAACUUCUACACGCGGGGUGACCUGAUCCCAGGAGUGAGGGUAGACGGCAUGAGGGUACAGGACGUACGCGAAGCCACAAGAUUCGCCAGGGAUUACGCGUUGAAGAACGGUCCUAUUAUUCUCGAAAUGGUCACAUACAGAUAUUUCGGUCACAGUAUGAGCGACCCUGGAACCUCCUAUCGUUCAAGGGAUGAAAUCCGAACGGUGCAGACCCAACGGGAUCCUAUCGACCUGUUCUCCAAACUAUUGAUCGAGCAGGGCAUGAAAACCGAUGCCGAAAUCAAAGAAAUACGAAACGCCACGCACAAGGCAGUGGACGAAGAAAUGGAAGUAGCAAAAGCCGAUCCGGUUUUAGAUUUGUCAGACAUCCCUACGUACUUAUACGUGAAGCCGCUGGAAAAAGUGCGCGGGAAAAUAGCUUGGGAAAACUUUUGAGAGGACUCGAUUUUAUUUAUUAUUUCACUUGUUUAUAUAUUCCAUUUAUUUAUCUUGUGUAAUAAUGAACACGUUGUUAUGUACUUUUCCGUGUACUCGGGUGAAAUAAACUUGUACACGUUUUAAA